GCAGUGAGCAGGGAGCUCGGGACAUAGAAGCUACCUCGGGGACCAGGGUGUUCCGAGGGGCUGCACUCUGGGGGCUUCCAAGGGGAUCUGGAAUGAAUGAAUGAACUGCCUUCCGGGAGAAUAACCACAGCCAGAGGAACCGUGUCCCUGGGAGAAAGAAGCUGGAGAGGACAAGUCUCCUGAACAGCCUCGAGUGUCCUGAAGCCACCAGGGACCCUUGGGAAGACCAUCUACACGAGAAGGUAUUUCCGGCUGUGCACAGGAGCUGACUGGUCGAGGACUCGCGGUGGAGAGCUUCCAACGCCAUCACGAGGAACGAGAAUGGAGGAUGAAGAUUACAACACCUCUGCCAUCUAUGAUAAUGACUACUAUGAUGACUUUGACUCCUUAGUGAUUUCGGAAGACUUGCCUCCCCUGGAGGACAAGGUGGUCAGGAUCUUCCUGGUGGCGGUCUACAGCCUCAUCUGUUUCCUGGGGAUCCUAGGCAAUGGUCUGGUGAUUGUCAUUGCCACCUUCAAGAUGAAGAAGACAGUGAACACUGUCUGGUUCCUCAACCUGGCCGUGGCAGAUUUCCUGUUCAACAUCUUCUUCCCGAUCCACAUCACCUAUGCUGCCAUGAAUUACCACUGGGUUUUUGGGACAGCCAUGUGCAAGAUCAGCAACUUCCUGAUCACCCAAAACAUGUACACAAGUGUCUUCCUGCUGACUGUCAUCAGCUUCGACCGCUGUGUCUCUGUGCUUCUCCCAGUCUGGUCCCAGAACCACCGCAGUGUUCGGCUGGCUCACACAGCCUGCGUGGUUAUCUGGGUCCUGUCCUUCCUCUUGAGUUCACCGUCCCUCGUGUUCCGGGACACAGUCAAUGUGCAUGGGAAAAUACUCUGUUUCAACAACUUCAGCCUGGCCUCCGUCAAUUCUUCCUCAACAUCUGUUCACCCCCGACAGGACUCUGUGGGGUAUAGCCGGCAUGUGGUGGUGACUGUCACCCGCUUCCUCUGUGGCUUCCUGGUCCCAGUCCUCAUCAUCACAGCCUGCUACCUCGCCAUUGUCUGCAAGCUGCAGCGCAACCGCCUGGCCAAGUCCAAGAAGCCUUUCAAGAUCAUUGUGACCAUCAUCAUCACCUUCUUCCUCUGCUGGUGCCCCUACCACACUCUCUACCUCCUGGAGCUCCACCACAUCGCCAUGCCUGGCUCUGUCUUCAGCCUGGGCCUGCCCCUGGCCACAGCCAUUGCCAUUGCUAACAGCUGCAUGAACCCCAUUCUGUAUGUCUUCAUGGGUCAGGACUUCAAGAAGUUCAAGGUGGCCCUCAUCUCUCGCCUGGUCAGUGCCCUGAGUGAGGACACGGGCCCUUCUUCUUACCCCAGCCAUAGAAGCUUUACCAAGAUGUCAUCAAUAAAUGAGAGGAGUUCCACGAAUGAGAAGGAAACCAUCAUGUUUUGAGUGUCCCCCAGUGGACACUCCCAGCCCAGGGACAUGUCUUCUGAAGACCAAGGAUGGCACCUACUGACGUCCUCUUUAGCACCAACUGAUGUCCUCUGAAGUUUGCAUGGGGAUGGACAGAGUUUUGAAUUGUAAGUCCAGGUUCUAGAACCCUUUUCUCCAACAGAGACAUCCAUGUUGCUCCCAGCCUUGAACUAGCAAUCUAAGCUUCUUGGAAGUCCAACCUUGACCCAUUGAAAGCAAAAAAAAAGAAGAAUUCUUGGAAGAACUGCUGUGAACUGAGGCUGGCAUGAAGCAGCAGGAUUAAGCUACUUACUGUGCAGGGCACAGAAAUGAUGCAAACAUUUUAUAAGGCCCAUUCCUGGUGGGUGCAGGGGAGGUCAGAACAAACCUAUGUGAUGCAGAUCACAUCUGGCCCUCACAUGCCUAUGUCAAAGCCAGCCAGGAAACCCUCCCUCCCCACUCAAGCCACUCCUCUGGAUUGAGGCAUGUGGAAAUGCACAGGUGACCUGAGAAAGGAAGGCAACGUAGCAGCAAAUCAACUCCCAAGACCACAGAUUUGGCUUUCAGACCAGCGGGGAAGACAGACAACAGGUCCCGAGGGACCGUGUGGGCUCCUUGCAAGGGCUGGAAAAGUGGGGGUGCAGUGAGAACUUGGGACCCUAGGGAAGGAAGGACAGAGAAGAACAAAGAGCCUUCCAAGGAUGAGGGCAUAGAGUAGCUCACCUAGAACUUCACAGGGUAAUGGUGCUUUCAGCUGGAGCUAUUUGGGGCUAUGGGCUGUGCCAGCUCCUGCUCUCCCCUUGCCUUUAUUACCUGGGGGUGCUGCAGGCUCCACCAGCAGCUCCCAGCCCAUCACAGGGAUUCUUCCCUCUUUCUUUAAUCCACUCAGCUCUGGUUGGAGGUG